AUGGAAUUGAUUCACACUAAGCCAGUUGAUGAGGUACUCAAAGUGCUUGAUGUGUCACCGGACGUAGGAUUAAGCGAUAGUCAAAUUGAGGAAAGAUCAAAGAAAUAUGGAUUAAAUGAAUUGCCACAUGACGAGGGUAAACCUUUGUGGAGACUCGUUUUAGAACAGUUUGAUGAUUUACUAGUCAAAAUUCUUCUGGCCGCAGCCGUUAUUUCAUUUGUUUUGGCCUUAUUUGAAGAUAGCGAGGAUUCAACGACAGCUUUUGUAGAGCCCUUUGUGAUCCUUUUGAUUCUUGUGUUGAACGCGAUUGUCGGAGUUUGGCAGGAAAGAAACGCUGAAUCAGCUAUUGAAGCUUUAAAAGAAUAUGAAUCAGAUGACGCGAAAGUUAUCCGUCAAAAUCAUGAGGGAAUUCAGCGAAUCAAAGCCAAAAAUCUUGUGCCCGGAGAUAUAGUUGAAGUAUCAAUUGGUGAUAAAGUUCCUGCUGAUAUUCGAAUUAUCAAAAUAUACAGUACUAAUCUACGCGCUGACCAGUCUGUUUUGACUGGUGAAUCUGUGUCAGUUGUAAAAUUUACAGAACCCAUCAAUGACACUAAAGCUGUUAAUCAGGAUAAAAAGAACAUCCUAUUCAGUGGAACCAAUUUAGCUUCAGGAAGAUGCCUUGGUAUUGUUUUUGCAACUGGUCUAAACACAGAGAUUGGUAAAAUCCGCAAUCAAAUCAUGGAGACCGAGCAUGAAAAGACUCCACUUACCCAAAAGCUAGAUGAGUUCGGAGAACAGUUGUCAAAGGUCAUUACCCUUAUUUGUAUCGCUGUGUGGUUAAUCAAUAUCGGUCAUUUCAAUGAUCCGGCUCAUGGUGGCUCUUGGAUUAGAGGUGCGAUAUACUACUUUAAGAUUGCAGUAGCCCUUGCUGUCGCUGCAAUUCCUGAAGGUUUACCAGCUGUUAUUACAACUUGUCUUGCUCUGGGCACGCGUCGUAUGGCUCGCAAGAAUGCUAUUGUUCGUUCCCUACCUUCGGUUGAAACUCUAGGUUGCACGAGUGUCAUCUGCUCAGAUAAGACUGGCACUCUCACGACGAACCAAAUGACUGUCUGUCGAAUGUUCACUUUCCUUGGGACUCAGGUUGGUUCAGGAGAUCCUAAAUUAGGCUUCCAGUUCGAUGAAUACGAGAUUAGUGGCUCCAAGUAUGCGCCAGAGGGUGAAGUGCUGAAGGAUGGGAAGAAGUUCAACUGUGCUUCAAACCCCUGUUUGGUUGAGUUAGCCGAUAUUUGUGUGCUGUGUAACGACUCAGCUCUUGAAUAUAACACCACAAAGCAUGUUUUUGAAAAGGUCGGUGAGGCUACAGAAACAGCACUGACAUGUUUGGUUGAGAAAAUGAAUGUUACUGGUAUUGAUAAGUCCAGAUUGACCAAGAGAGAACUUGCAAUGGUUUGUAACCGUGAAAUUACCAAAUCAUUCAAGAAAGAAUUCACCAUGGAAUUCUCCCGAGAUCGUAAAUCUAUGUCAGUUUAUGUGACAAAACGUGAUGAUACUCAAGGUUCGGGAAAGUUGUAUGUUAAGGGUGCUCCUGAGUCCAUCCUCGAUCGUUGCACUCAAAUGCGUACCCCAAAUUGUACCAUUCCACUCACUGCUCCAAUGAAGAAUGAGAUUCUCUCUAAAGUUGCCACCUACGCCACAGGUCGUGAGGCUAUGCGAUGCCUAGCUCUCGCCACUGUUGACAAACCUCCAGCGGCAUCUGAAUUUAAACUCGAGGAUUGCAAUGGAUUCAAGGACUACGAGACUAAUAUGACCCUAGUUGGUGUCGUUGGUAUGCUCGAUCCGCCAAGACCUGAGGUUGCUGAAAGCAUUCGUCUCUGCAAGCGGGCUGGAAUUAGGGUUAUCGUAAUUACCGGAGACAAUAAGGCUACCGCUGAGUCUAUCUGUCGUAGAAUUGGCUUAUUUGAGGAGAAUGAGAAUACGGAGGGCAAGUCAUUCACUGGACGAGAAUUUGACGAACUCACUCCCAAUGAGAUGGCUAAGGCUGUUCGGAAGGCGAAACUCUUUGCUCGGGUUGAACCUGCUCAUAAGAGCAAGAUUGUGUCCUUCUUGCAAGCUGAUAACGAAAUCUCGGCCAUGACUGGUGAUGGUGUUAACGACGCGCCUGCCCUGAGAAAAGCCGAAAUUGGUAUCGCCAUGGGAAGCGGAACAGCUGUUGCAAAGUCUGCCUCAGAAAUGAUUCUCGCCGAUGAUAACUUCUCUACCAUUGUUGCUGCCGUUGAAGAGGGCCGUGCCAUCUACAAUAACAUGAAACAAUUCAUUCGUUACCUCAUCUCGUCCAAUAUUGGUGAAGUUGUGUGUAUCUUCCUGACUGCUGCCCUGGGCUUGCCCGAAGCAUUAAUUCCAGUUCAACUUCUAUGGGUGAAUUUGGUCACUGAUGGUCUGCCCGCCACCGCACUUGGCUUCAAUCCUCCCGACGUUGAUAUUAUGGAGAAACCACCAAGAAAUUCAAAGGAACCUCUUAUUAGUGGAUGGCUCUUCUUGAGAUAUCUCGUUGUUGGUGCGUAUGUUGGAGCUGCGACUGUAGGUGCAUCUGCUUGGUGGUUCUUGGUCAAUCCGGAUGGUCCGAAGGUAUCCUACUACCAACUUACCCAUCAUCUCAAGUGCACUGUGGAUAAAGCUGCAUUUGAGGAUGUUGAUUGUGCUAUUUUCUCAAGUUCCAAGCCCAUGACUCUGGCACUCUCAGUUUUGGUUGUUAUUGAGAUGCUCAAUGCCUUGAACAGUCUCUCGGAGAAUCAAUCUCUGAUUGUCAUGCCACCGUGGAAGAAUAGGUGGCUCCUUGCUGCUGUCGCUCUUAGUAUGGUUCAACAUCUUGCGAUCUUGAACAUACCAUUCUUUGCGAAUGUAUUCCAAAUCCAACCAUUGAACCUUAUUGAAUGGGCGGUAGUGCUGAAAAUAUCAUUCCCUGUCUUGUUGCUUGACGAAACCAUGAAGAUGCUCUCUCGAUGCUUCCAGAAUGGGCGUGCAUUCCUUAUGGAGGCCUCCCUUGUCAUUCUUGCUUGGGCUGUCUUCUUUGGGACUAUCAUCGUGUCACCAUUGUAA